AUGAAAAUGAAUUUAGCUGAUAUUUUUAGUUCUGGUAAAGAAUCUUUUUUAUCUUUAAAGCAUACUUUAGGAUCUAGUAAAUUUUCUCCACUGAAACCAUGUGAAGGCCUUGAGUGUUUACCACAAGUAUUAUUUUUGUACGUUAUAUUUCUUUUAGUAUGUACAGGAAUUUUUGUUCAUAAUAAGAAUAAGCUUAAAAAAAAACAAAGAUUAACAAAUAUGAAUGAUUCAUAUGAUGCAAAAAAUUCAGGAUGCGCAGAACAGUAUGAUCAACAAGAACAUCAGGAAUAUCAUCAUGAAAAAUCUCAUAAUAAUGGACAAAAUUCAAAAGUACAUAAAGAUUCUUUUCAAAAUAACAGUUCACAAAACCCUGUACAUAAGUCAAAAGUAGAAAAUCAAAAAGUACCUGUGGCACAAGGGUCACAACAUAAAAGUGCAACAGUGAACGCUUAA